CCGCCCGGCCCCUUUGCAUUGCGCAUGGGCCCUCCCCGCCGGGUGGCCAUGUUGCAGCCCUAGCAGCCAGCGCAGAGGAGGCGGCGGCGGGCCGGGGAGCGCAGCGCACUGCACCGCGAUGGCCGUGGCCGUGGGAAGACCGGCGAGCGAUGACCUUAGGAACCUGUCCCUCUCUGGCCAUGUGGGCUUCGACAGCCUCCCUGAUCAGCUGGUCAACAAGUCGACGUCGCAGGGCUUCUGCUUCAACAUCCUCUGCGUGGGCGAAACUGGCAUCGGCAAGUCGACGUUGAUGGACACUCUGUUCAAUACCAAGUUUGAAAGUGAACCUGCGACACACAACGAGCCUGGCGUGAGAUUGAAAGCCAGGAGUUACGAGCUCCAGGAGAGCAACGUCCGUCUGAAGCUGACUAUUGUCGACACGGUUGGGUUUGGCGAUCAGAUUAACAAAGAUGACAGCUACAAGCCUAUAGUAGAAUAUAUCGAUGCGCAGUUUGAAGCCUACUUGCAAGAAGAGCUGAAGAUCAAACGAUCCCUGUUCAAUUACCACGACACCAGAAUUCAUGCCUGCCUAUAUUUCAUUGCACCAACUGGACACUCGCUGAAGUCCCUAGACUUGGUCACCAUGAAGAAGCUCGACAGUAAGGUGAACAUCAUCCCCAUCAUUGCCAAGGCUGACACCAUUGCAAAAAAUGAGUUGCACAAGUUCAAGAGUAAAAUCAUGAGCGAGCUGGUCAGCAAUGGCGUCCAGAUCUACCAAUUCCCGACGGAUGAAGAGACAGUGGCUGAGAUAAAUGCCACAAUGAGCGUCCACCUUCCUUUUGCUGUAGUUGGCAGCACUGAAGAAGUGAAGAUCGGCAAUAAGAUGGCAAAAGCCAGGCAGUACCCCUGGGGUGUUGUGCAGGUUGAAAAUGAAAAUCAUUGUGACUUUGUGAAGCUGCGGGAGAUGCUGAUCCGAGUGAACAUGGAGGACUUGAGAGAGCAGACGCACACCCGACACUACGAGCUGUACAGGCGCUGCAAACUCGAAGAGAUGGGAUUCAAGGACACGGAUCCGGACAGCAAGCCCUUCAGUCUCCAAGAGACUUACGAAGCAAAGAGGAACGAAUUCCUGGGCGAACUCCAGAAGAAGGAGGACGAAAUGAGGCAGAUGUUUGUCAUGCGAGUGAAGGAGAAGGAAGCAGAGUUGAAGGAAGCGGAGAAAGAUCUUCACGAAAAGUUUGACCAUCUAAAGAGGACUCACCAAGAAGAGAAGAAAAAAGUGGAAGACAAAAAGAAGGAACUUGAGGAAGAGCUCAACAACUUUCAAAAGAAGAAGGCAGCAGCUCAGCUAUUACAGUCACAGGCUCAGCAGGCAGGUUCUCAACAAACCAAGAAAGACAAGGACAAGAAAAACUUCUUCUUUAUGUAACCGUCAUCUUGCCAAAAGCCCCCACACCCUCUCUCCCAGCGGGCAGCAGGGCACUGGAAGAGCCUGCGGCUACGGGCACCCCCGCCAGGAGAAGAGCCAUCUCAUUCUUCCAUCACGUCCACCCUUCUCUCCUUCCCUUUUUGUUUUUCACCUGUGCGUCUGAGGGUGCGCUGUCCUGUGUGUCUCUGUGCGGGAUCUGUCCGUUCCCGGCGCGUCUCCGGCAGCAUCGAAGCUCCUAAAAAUGGCAGGUAAUGGCUGGAGGAGAGAGCUUGGCCAUCAUGUGAGAUAUUGCACUGGGUUAGGUGUUUUGGGGGUUUUUUCCCUCCCUCCCCAUUUUCUUUCCUUUUGCCAUAACGCGCACAUGUUGCUGAUGAUAAAUGGAAUGACAGACUGUGGAUGAGGGUGACUGUGCGUAGCCAGAGGACUUCAUUUCUGCCUCUAAACAUCAAGUCUGGCUGCUUCGGACACCACAGCUUCAUCACAAGUACGUCCCGCGCUCCUCUGACGUGUGCGGAAAAUAAAUCCUUAGACCGAGGUGACUUCUUGUUUUCGGUACGUGGUUGCAUGAAGCCAUCGGAGGUGGCCGAGGUUACGUACUGUCGCACUGAUGGAGCUGGUUCUGGACGGUCAAGGCCUCCUUAUUUUCCAGCUGAUCUGCCUCUGUACGAGCAAAGUACGUAUCUCUUCUUGUACAACCGAGCUGCACUGACUUGGACUUAGAUUGAGGGCUUCAUUUUAUUUUCAUGAAGCCCAAUUAGUGAUUAUUUUUUUAACAGUCUUGAAUGUGAGAUAGUAGUUUAACUUUAUAACUUACUUUGGAAGCGAAUUCAGCCAAAAAGCUUGAAAAGUGCCAAAGUAAUGUUUGAAGGUAAAAACCAAAGCUUGUAAACUUGGUGUGCAGUGACCUCUAGCUGGUUUGGGAUAGAUGGAAGGAGACAUCCUGAUCCUCUUUGGAUGGUGUUUUUCAUGUCGGGUGAUGCACUCUUUUUUUUUUUUUUUUUUUUUUUUUAACCGAAUACUCGUGAUUUAUUCUUCUCAUCUGCACACCUUAAUCAAGGAAUUCACCUCCUUCAACCUGCCGUGGAAAAGGUACUAUUAAAUCGUCUAGGUUUUUUGCCUCUUCCGAUCUGUGUGUGAAGCACAAGCUGCCAAGGGUCUCUGCUGAAACCCGCCGGGGUUUGUUCAGAAGCACAAGAUUUUCCAACGCUCUUCAGCGACACGGUUAGAUCAUUAGAAGCUCCCUCCGGCCACGUGGCUGUUUUUCUAAAGCAGCAGAAAAACUAUUUACCCUGGAAACAUUUGCAACCAACUCAGUGAUUUUAUAGAUACAAUCAGACAGACGAGAAGAUGUUAGCCUUGUGCAUGUGCUGGAACAAUUUACCUGGUGUGUAAAUGGAGUUGCUGACCGUUGCCCAAACUGAAGGGAUAUGAGUAUUUUUUGCACAAAUGUAGCCUCGCACAGAAUUUGCAUUAAUACCAAAAACAGAGCCUGCUCCUUGGGCUUCGGUGGGCUCAAGUGGUGCCUGCUGUGAGGGUCUGCUCUCCAGCCACCAGCGCUUACCGUGAGAUAGCCAGAUCUCGAACACUUCUCACAUUCAGCCUUCUGAGGACAAAACAGAGUAGCCAGCGCCUCACGGGUUGAGGCCUCGAGGGUAUUGCUGCAUUCAGCUUUGCCUGUGUUAAUUCUUCUCUUACUCCGCACAACUCUGCGGGUGCUUUGCUAACCGGGACGAGGUUGCACCGCUUGCAGGAGGGAAUCCUUUGUGUUCUCCUAGGGCUUCGGCAACAGUGCUCGAUGUGCACCGGGCCGCCCGUUCCUGGCAAAAAGCGAUGGGUUGAGCCACGUAUUUUCUGAAAUCAGUUGUUAACUUUGCAGCCAAAGGCAGCUGCGGGACUGCGGCACGAUGGUCUUUGAGCCACCCCUGUGCCUCGUGCAAGGCGAGUGUCGUUUCCGGCCCCGGGUUCUCCGCGCAUGAAGGCGGCCACUGUUUACUGAGAAAAUGUCUUGCUCAUUAAAACGUCCAGUUUACGAGUGCUGUGUCUUUUUUUCAGUAUUGGUGCCUAGGCCGGUCUGCAGCGUCAGGGACCACCGCCUCAGGCCCGGGGGCCUUGCUGUGGCUCAUCGGUGCAACCCGCUCCGUGGUAGCCUCCAACUUGCCAAAAUACCCUACUGGUUACUCGCCCGGAGGCCAGCUCACCCGCCGGAUGGCUCCUGCAGCAUCCUGUGCGGUGAGACCCUUCCCAGUGCCCCUGUUUCAGGGAGGGAAUCCUCUCCUUAAGUUUCUUUUAUUCCCUAGACUUUUUUUUUCAUGUAAAAAUUGCCAUAUGGGUUCAUCUGGUGGUAGGAAGAGCCUAGCCUGUAAAAUGCCAUCACUGUGCUAUAGCUUCUCUCUUGAAAUAGUCAGUCCUAGUUGCUUCGCUGCCACGGAUGGGCACAGAGCUGUUCUGCUGGGCUGUACCUCGUGGCAGGUCACCCACGUUGGGCCGAUGACAGUGGUUUAGGACCCAGGCUCGGUCACGGGUGGUUGGGCAUCAUUUACUGCAAGUAAGAAGGAAAAAACCUAGGUGGUGGUGGGGGUUUAACCCUGUUCCUAAAGAGAGGCUAUCAGGUGCUGCUAACUCCAUCGUCUUACCUGUGUAGCUGUACCCCGUGACACUCUGAGAUCGUGCGUGUGACGGUAAGAAGUCAUGACCAAAUCUGCAGCUUGGCAGCACUGAAGAAGUAUCCUGAUGGACCCCCAUCCGUGGGCCAGCCCUGGGCUUUUCAAGGAGCUCUCGAGACCUCUGCUUUUGGGGCGUUUCUUCUGCCCUUCGCAAGUGCUGGGCUGUGCCGGAGGAGGUUGUUCUUCAUCAGCUGGAGGGGCUUGGGGCUAGGUGACCCACCGGUAGUGCUGCUGCAUCAAGAAGGUUUGAAAAGGGGCGAAACCCUUUUGGUGGUUGCCUUCUAAACUCCAAAUAGAAUUUUUUUUAGAGCUUUAUAUAAAGAGAAGCAGAUAAGCACAACCCAAAUGUCAACACUUACAUGAACUACCUUUAUUUUGCAGCUCUAGAGUUUUGCUGUGCUGGUGCCUUGAGUCCCGCAUGCAGCUCUGGACUUGAUGUCUCCAGAAGGACGUAGUGGAGUUAGAGAAGGGCACUAAUGAUAAAUGGGAUGGAGCAGCAGCCUGCCAGGUGAGACUGCAAAGGCUUGGAGGCCUCAGUUUGGAGAGGGAAAGGCUGAGAUUGAGAGAGAGGAUCAGCCCCGCUGUGAGCUGGAGGUUGCAGCACAUGUCCUCUAGAGGUCCCUUCCAGCCUAAAUUUAUUUGUGAUUCUGUGUUACAAAGUCUGCUAAGCUGUGAUGGCGGUGGAUGCCGACCUGCUAGUUACCUAAUCGACGCGAUAAGAACCAGGGGGGCAUUCAGCUAGAAGGAAAUCAGCUCAAAACAUGGAAGCAAGUUUCUUACAGAGCAGGCAGAAAACUUCUGGAAUUAGUUGCCCCAGGUUGUUGAGACAGAUGGGUACCAGCAGAAGGUUUUGGGAGUUGUUUUGGGGAUUUUUUUUGAAGGUAAAUUCAUGGGGAACAGAGCCAUAAGGAAUAUGGUGGGGGGGACACACGACACCAGAAUGAAACAUCUGGCAUCCAUCAUCUGGUGGUGGUGGAUACUGGUGCAGAGGGAGGGGGACAACAGAGAGCAGAAAGCACGUACGGGCACUGCAAGCGGAGUUUGCAGCGAGACAGGUGCGUCGGGCAAGGGACGGGAGCUGAGCUGAGGGAGUGCUGCCCAGGCUUUCCCGCUCCCGGGUGCUGGGGCGAAGGGAUGGCGACGUGCCCUUGGCUGGCUUCCUCCGUGGUGUGCAGCUGUUGGGGGAAGAGGUGUCGGCAUGGGGAGGGGACGGCAGUGUGAAACCUGUGGUUGGACAGCCCAGAGAGGGUUCUUUGUCACUCGGUGUCAUCAAAUGUCCCCGGCAGAGCUGGGAAAGCUGCUUCAUCCGCAAGAGUGAGCGGGUGCCCAGGUUCAAAGUCAGGCUUGUGGGCUUAACCCUCCUGUCGCUGCUGGGGGGUAAAAAUGAACUUUAAGAAACUCCUAAAACCCAGAGCUAGGAACAGCUUCGAGGUUGGACGUGCCCCAGGGCACAAGCUGGGGGGUGCAGCGCCGUGCUGGCCGGAGGAGACUGAGGUGUUGACCUACCACCUACGCGAGGAAUGAGCAUCUCCCCCGUGUUCAGUACCUGCAGGUCUCGUGUAAGAGACGAACACGUCGUGCCCGGUCCCCCAGGCUAAGUAGGGUGACGGAGGUGUAUCAGUAGCUCUCUGAGGCAGCGUCGUGGAGGAAAUUGCAGGGAAGUUACUGCUACCGUGUCUUCGAAGCAAACCCUUCUGGGGUGUUAAGGGAAGAUGGGGUGUUGCAGAGAGUGACGGCUGCGCAGCAUGUAAAGGUGGGCUGGGAUUAUCGCUAGAAGGCACUUGAAACAAGUUGCAGUGCUUGGCUAAAACACGGCUGCGCUACACUCGGGUGCUCCCUGGGUUCUGGGGGACUGAGUAAUAACACGCGUGGUUUUAGGAAUGAGGUGGUUUCAUCGCAGCGCUGAUGAGGGAGAUGAGGCAGCAGGGAACUGAGCCUGCUAUAUUUGAAACUGGUUUCCCUUCCGGCCAGCCGUUCUCCUGACCCGCGUACUCUGCUGAACUCUUACCUUCGCAACUCCGAGCACCCGCACUCAGCAUCUUUGGCAGGUCCGUGACAUGAAGUAUUGGGGUGCUAUGAAGCUUGUGGGGAAAGCCAUGUGAAUAUGAGGAGGUUGCGAGCAUCAGGGAUGUUCUCCUGUGGGUAACAGGGAGCCCUGGCAGCGCUCCGGGACAGUCCUGUGUUCUGACAGCGGGAGCAGCGUACAAGUCAGCCUGCUACCCUAGUAGGGAGGCAGUGGUAUGGGUAGGGGCCGCGUUUGGACUGUGUGACUGCCUGGGGUUUUUUGUGGGGAGGAAAUGUGGGAAUUGAGAAAUGGUUUUUUCUCUCUGGCAACACAGGUUAUUUCCAAAUAAGCUGGGCCUUGCUAUGUGGGGAAGCUGAUCUUGCUGGCAUGUGCCUCAUUUUCAAAGGCAAGCUUGUCUUUGAGCAUCAUCUUUUUAGUCGCAAAACACUGUAAAUCUGUACGUGGUGCAGCCAGCAAUGCAGACCUGUCUUCCCUGGGCUCCUCGCGGGCCCCAGCUGGCCUGGGGCACAGGCGGCCGCAGCACCAGCAGCAGCAGGAGACCUGCAGAGCUGAAGACCACCUCGUGACAUUGCUGCGGUCCCCUGCGGCGGCCGUGUGCCAGCCCUGGCCUCCGAGACCCAGGCUGGCCAGUCCCCAAAGCCCGGCUCUCCCACGGCCAAGCCGACACCAGGGCGGGAGGGGUAAGCUGGUGCCCCAGGGCUGGGGAAGUUUUGCCCGUGGCUCGCAGCAGAGCUGGGCACCUGCGCUUGGGGCACAGGCAGUUUUGGAAGUCAAUCCUCCGUACGCCCUGAUGGUGCAACCAGGUUCUUGGGCAUAUCAGGUACCACAGGCUCAACUGCGCGUCUCUGUAGUGGAUGCGGUUCCUACGUGGUGGUGGGUUGGAAAGGGUGUGUUGAAAACUGGGGUGUCCACAGCAGAGGUAGAAAGGAAGGAAAGACACAAGUUCAAGCGGUGCAUUUGCAGUUUUUCCUUUUGCAUCCGGAAGAGCAAAAGGCAACAGGAUGCUGCUGGGCAGCGCAGCCACAGAGCUGGCCCACAAGCGUCCUAGGGCCUGCGUGAGGACAGCCGGGCAGCACCCUGUCGGCAGGACCCUGCACAGGUAGGUGGUAGGUCUACCAAACAGGAGGCAGGUUUUGUCUGUCUGAACCUUGCUUUUUGUUGGUGUUGCCUGUAUCCAGGCAAAAGGUAAUCGGUGUGGGUUUGUGCAUAGUGCCAAUAAAAUAAAAAGGCGUCUCUCUCUGCGGUCUGCUCAAACUGGGGCUGGGGCAGUGCUGGUGCGUUUGGGGCUCUGGAGCAGGAAAGCUGCCUUGGAAGCCAGGGAGGUUUUGAGUCCUGCCUCUUCAGGUAUUUGCCUCGCGGGUGCAUGGCAAGGUGGCCUUGUGGCUUGGCCAGCUUUGUGCAGCGCAGGGAGCCUGGGAAGGUUUCUGAGCAGUGACCCUUCCCAGCGUCGCGCUUAAUACUGAGAGCCAGAAGUAACGCUGUGUUUAUUGAGCACGGUUCUGAGGUCAGUUGAUGAGACUGUAAAAUGAACUUUGUGACUCUGACCAGCUGCUUCUCGCCAGAGAGCUCCCCCCUGCCCCUUUGCUGCAAAGAGCAAAGUUGUUGUUUUUCCCCAAAGCAACACCAAAAAAAGAAGAGGCGGCUCCUCUUCUCUGGUGCAGCCAGCCCAGUCACUGCAGAGCUCCUUCUACCAGGGUUGGCGCGAGCUGGGGCAGCGCCGCACCUCUUCUUGUCCUGUCGCUUUUGAGAAGGAGAAAACGGUGAGAAGGAAAACUCCUACCUUCUCACAAAGCGACGCUGCAGCACAUGUGUUAGAGAAGAACGGCUCCAGCAGCACCCAAACUUCUCUACUUGCGCCUGGCUUCCUCCCUUCUGUCCCAGCGGGGCUCCUGCCAGCUGGCACAAGCCAACACCUUCCUUUUCCCAGCCCCGUGCCAAGUCCUCUCCUUGUGCGCAUCUGCAAACGGCUUUGGGCCGUAAUCCUCCGGAGUGCCUGUGUGCUGAUGCUGCCGGGCGCGGUACGGGGGAGCGGGUCCUUUAAACGGGGGGAAGGAGUGUGUGGAGAGGGGGAAGCCUAGGGAAGGUGAGGCUUACGUUCAUUGCCAUGGGAUGACAGUGCCGUGGCGCGUCUGUCCCCAUCUUCUCUUCCUCCCCGAUGUGUCUCAUACCGUUGGAAGCCAACUAGAAUAAGCUGUAAUCCCACAAAACCCCCUCCGCACAUUUGUCCCAUGCAGGCCAGUAUCGUCAGAGGAGAUACGAGAGCCCUGGCUCCCCUCUCCCUGACUGCAUGCACAGCCGGAGCUCUUCGCAGCUGCUCCCUUCGGGAUGAGCUGGGUCAUUUUAAUCACUGCUCACACGCAGCGAGAACAAGCGCACACGCAGACUCCCUUCUGUGCAGAAACCGCGGGUGCCAGGCUUGGCUGUCAAGGGGUGUGAAAAUUACCUGGCUCUCAUCUUUCCCAUGCUAAUGUUGUUAUAUCUAGUGUUGGAAAUCGGGGGAGUUCUUUUUAUUUAGAGCUGUUAGGCUGUGUAACUGAAGCAGAGGCGUGCCUUCAAGUGAGUUUGAAGCUGUGAGCACCAGUAUGAUGGAAAUGCUGCAGCGAUGGGGUAUUUUGCUCGGGGUGUGCUAGGUGAAGCCCCCAGACUGCACAGCAGCCCGCCUGGAGAAAACUAAGCAGUGAGAAGAGGUCAGGGACUGGUUACACGGUCAGGAUGACAGGAAGGGCUGUGCAAGGCAAGGAAGGUGCACACCCCUUUGAGAAAUGCGACCUCGGGAGGCGGUUUCCAGGACACAGGCAGGACGAGAGCCCAAACCCCAGACAAGUUUGUCACAGUGGGCUGUGCGCACCAGAAAGGAUGGCACCUCGGAAGACACGAGGCAGGAAGGGCUGGCUCCUCCGGAAGAGUGCGAAAUCAGCCAGCCGGGAAGGAGGCGAGAGUGCAGAACCGAAUCUAUUCCGUAAUCUGAGCUUACGGAAAAGAGCAGAAAUCAAGUCCAUACUAACCUUUUCAUUACCAAAUGUGAUUUUCAGUGGAAGGGCUGUCAGGCGAGCAGGAGCCUACAGCGAAGGGAGAUGGUUACAAAACAGGUGAGAUGGAGCAGUGUCCCGGGAGGGGAACAGCCUGGUGACUGACGGGGGAGCGAGGAGCACCCAAGCUGGGGCUACAGCUGGAACCGCCGCAGAGGCCAUCAGCUUGUUGUGCGACUCCCCUGGCAACACGGCUGCCCGGUACCCCUACAGCCGCUUCCUCAUGGGUCUGGCACGGAGCAGCUCCCUUGCAGCUUCCAGGUAAAACUGAUCCUGAACUCGGGUGAAAAGCACAAAACAAGACUCAGAAUCCAGGACAACUUUCUUUAUUGCUACCAGAAGGCUUUCAUCAGUACAAUGGCUCUGAAUACGAUACCUUCCUCAGGGCUGCGGAGAGAGCUUAUAACUGGGACAGGUCAUUCUGAGAAAAGGAGGUGUAACAUUUAAGAGACAAGUUUUUAAAGGUUUUACUCUUGGUUAGAAGUUACAUGAACACAAAACUUUAGGGUUAGGGUCUUUUGGUUUGGUUUCGUGGCUGGUAAUUGCAAACCUUUCAAACCUCAGGCAUACGCAGCCGCCCCAGCACCUCACCGAGCCGUGCUGGUCACAAGCUUAUAAACAUAUGGGAAAAAAAACAGACUGCAGAAUUUAAGGUUUACACUUGGCGUAGAGAGUCAAGCGUUGGUGAAAAUCCACACUGAGUACAACAUUUCUUGGUGCAAACGAGGAGAAAAAAAAUACCGUUUUUGUUCAAGCGAUACAAAAUCCAUUAACUGCUUUCUGUGUUUGAAAACACAAACUGUUUGAACUCGGAGGAUUCUCUGUGGAAGGCACAGAGCACAGUGGCUGCCUGCCUGAGUGUUCUUCCAGAGUACAUUCACACUCCUGUGGUUAUUAAGUGUGGAGCAGCUUGCAAGUGUUGUUUGUGGUUUGUUGGGUUUUUUUUUUCCUGACUAACUUUUUAUUUAAAUCCAGUUUUUAAAUAUUAUCACAUUUAAACACCAAAGUGCUAACAAAAAAAAAAGGCCUUUUUCUUUAGAAAGGAAAAAGAAAGCUGUCGUGAAGGUCAGGUAGUACAGAACAUCAUGCACAAGACUUGCUGAGAAUUAAAAGAGGAGCAAGCAGAAAGAGGGCAAGGAGCAGAUGGAAAUCGGAUCAGAUAAGUGUUAGUUGGCUGGGAAACCUGGAACAACUCUGCACGACUGAUGUGAGCUCGUGGACACAGAGAUGGGUUACAAUACACAGGAGCAGAAAAACAGUGGAACUGACAACACUAGAAAGAAACAAUUUUUUGCUACUUUUUUUGUUUGGUUUUUGGGUCUUUUUUUAGAUUUUUAUACGUUUUUGUGUUUUUAAGUGCUUAAAUAGUGGAACUAUAAUUAGCCGCACAAGAAAAAAAUUCAAAAAAGGGUUGGGAUUUUUUUUUUUUUUCUGUUUUUUGGCUCCCUUCAGUUCAGCCUGACAAGGUAUGGCCCCUUCUCCCCCCGCUGCGAGCACAGGGUGCCGGGUUCUGCACGGUUUCUGGAGUAGCUACGGUGGAACAGGUGGCGUGCACGCACAGCUACAUAACAGACACCGGCUGUAAAGGUGGACAAGGGGAAACGUUGCCCUCCUGCCUCGAGACAUCAGCGCCGCAAACAGAGCCCAUGUUUUCAAGAGCCACUACCUCUGGAGCAAUGUCUUCGUUGUAGAGACGCUUGAUUCCAUCGUAGAAGUCGUCCACUUCCAUCUCUUCCACUUUACGCUUGGCAGAGGCUUGCUUGCAACCGCUGGGAGCUGGCAGACGCUGGUAGAGCGCGGCUGUACCUGUGACUGGCACUUCUGGCCUGCCGUUGUCCUUGGAGAAACCUGGCCCUGGGACAGAGGAGGGCUGGCAUUUGAACACUCCUCUGUUACAGGUCACCAGGGUAUGCUGGAGGGGACUGUAGACAUAUACAGAAUUGGGCAGCAGAGAAGACUGCAGAGUGGAAAGGUGAUGUGCCACAAGCUCCCGGCAGUGGAUCAGCUGCGAGCUAUCCAUCUGAAGUGGGAAGACAAGGAGAGAUACCGGCGUUGGGGGAUCGCUGCCACGGAGAGGAGGGGCUGUCAGCCAGGGCAGGGCUAGGGCUCUGAACGCACCGGCCACCCGUGCACCUCGCUUCUCGAUGGUAUGCUGGAUGCAGGCAAAAGUGAUAAAAGGACCAAAAAACCCCCUAAUACGAUGACUUCAUAAGGUACGGACCUCCGCUCCUCUUAUACCUCAUGGGAAUAGUGGGGAGAAAAAACCUUUCCAAUAUUAAAAGGUCUCACUACGGCUUUUAGCAGGUUGAGUGUUUGCCUUUCCAGUACUUGACAGGCCACCCCGUACACUUAGAACGAACGGCUGAGCUGCUAACUGGGAUUUUCUCCCCAGCAUGUUCCUUUAUCCCUAGUGCGGAGAGAGCCCGCGUGCAUCGGGGCACAAGUGUCCUCCCUUGGUCACCACUGGGAUGCAGUCGAGAUCAAGCUUUUGCAGAACUAUCGCAACAAACUGUCCCUUCAGGCUGAAGCACAACUAUCCUCACAAAAGCGUAACUGCAGGCAGAGAUCAGCGGCGAGGGCUGUGAAAGCCCCGGCUGGCGUGGAUCACCGAAGUACUGAGCAAGCUGCAGCUUUCUGUGGCCCCCGGCCCCCCCCCCGUGCCGCGACGUGAGGUGCCAGCACCCCCUCACCUGUGCCUUCUGGAGCAGCUCGAUGAUGAGAGCCAGCCAGUCGGGGAGCAGCUUCUCCAGCUCCAGGCUGACGAUGGCCAGCGCCAGCAUGGAGCCCUUGAACUGCAGCAGGUGGUAACAGGCCAUGCAGUGCAGCAGCUGCUUGGUGAGCGCCGCCACGUGCUGAGAGGGACUCAGCUUGGGCAGGAUGGUCAGUAGCUGAGGCCUGUUGGACACCGCGACUGCGUGGAACUGUGAGGGGGGGAAACAAGCACACGGGCAGCUGGCGUCACCCACAGGCAACCCCCCAGGCAAAGCCAGGUCAGACCUCAAGAACGGCGUGCGACAUCUCGGACGCACGAGGAGCCUCCGGCUUAACCUUUGAGGCAAUUUCCACACCACGGGGAAAAAAACCAACGCACUGAACCCACCAACAGCAAGAUGCAGCCUUUCUGGCGGGACCUGCCAUCAUACCCAUCGCCUGCCCAGGGCUUCUUGGGGCUCGGCAAAUGGCUAUCUGUCCCCUUCCACCCUUCUCUCUCAACAACACAGGUUGGGCGGUUCAGGUGUCCUAGACAAAAACUUCUCGAGCAAGCAGACAGGAUGAAAUUCAACAGAGAACCUCAGGACACUUUCCUUCCCUCUGUCUUAUCUACGAACCUGGUUCUCUGGCCGUGCCUUUCUGUUCUAAGUGCUUUCUCCUUGGUUCUACUUACUGUUUUCGUGCUGCCUGGCACUUAGUUUUGAGCAAAACCACUAGCAAUUAGGACUUAGGGGCAAGGUUGCCAGAAGCUGUGAGUCUUAGUGUGUGGCUUAACUCGCCUCAAAACAGGUCAGAUGGCAGGCCCACGUUUUGGAAAUUGUACCCAAAGUGUCACAAGUCUGCUCUGAAAUUCUUUGUAAAGGCUUUUUCUUUCAGCAACUACUUGUAUUACUUGUACUUGUAGGAAUUAUGAACGCAUCCUGAGGUCUUCGCUCCCCUGCAGGGAGAGUUUUUGUCUAGGUACCUCUCGAUACUUUAUUUACACUGACAGACACCAGAGAGAAGGUUAAAUAGCCCCUUACUUACAAUAUGAAGGAAAUCCAGUGGCGUUGCCAUGUGAAGAUCCCAGUUCAGUUUAUCCAGGAUAAUCUUCUCCAUUCUGCGAAUUUCAGCUGGAGAACAACCACAAAAGCUAUCCCGAGCCAACACCUUCAGUACUGGAAUCCUCUGCAAACAGCCAACGCAAAAAAAGAAAC